AUGCUGCACCCACACGACCGUUGUCCAGCGAUGUUAAUCCAUCCAUCGCCCUCUCUCUCUCCCCUCCCUUCCCGUCGCCCUCGCUCUCUCCCCUCGCUUCCCGUCGCCCUCUCUCUCUCCCCUCCCUUCCCGUCGCCCUCUCUCUCUCCCCUCCCUUCCCGUCGCCCUCUCUCUCUCCCCUCCCUUCCUGGUGACCUCGCUCUCUCCCCUCCCUUCCCGUCGCCAUCGCUCUCUCUCCUCCCUUCCCGUCGCCCUCUCUCUCUCCCCUCCCUUCCCGUCGCCAUCGCUCUCUCCUCUCCCUUCCCGUCGCCCUCUCUCUCUCUCUCUCUCUCUCUCUCUCUCUCUCUCUCUCUCUCUCUCUCUCUCUCUCUCUCUCUCUCUCUCCCCUCCCUUCCCGUUGCCCUCGCUCUCUCCCCUCCCUUCCCGUCGCCAUCGAGUUCUCCCCUCCCUUCCCGUCGCCAUCGCAAGAUGCAGUCGUCGUGCUCUUCGCGCCCUUCUUCCCUGCCCUCCCAUCACCCUACCUCUUUCCGCGAUUUUUGCACACUUGUAUCUCUCCUCACGCCCCGUUGCGAUUUGUGCACACUUAUAUCUCUCCUCACGCCCCGUUUCCGUCGCCCUGUCGCGUUCUUCUCUGGUCACCCUGCUAACUCUCUGGUUUUUCCGUUCUUUUUGUUCCUCGAUGCUGUUUUUGCCGCCAUACAGGUUUUUGGCUAA